UUUUAUACCCAAAACACAGACGUAUUCUCCCUCUCCAUCUCUCCUCUCUGGUUAUCCCUCACAGUCCAGUCGACGGCCGAAAACCUUUAAUGGCCGUGUCUUUUUUCCCUACCACCAACCAUCUCUUCCCUAUUCCAUUCAGGGAGAGCCAUUCCGUUCUCCACGGCCACCUAAAACUUGAGAUUAAACUCAGCCCCGUCUCCUUAGCCAUAGCCGCUCGGAGGCGGAGUUGGAAGUGCAAUUUCUCAGCCCAGGAACGCACUGCGAAGCAGCAACAGCGAAGGAAAUCAGAGCCUGUCGUCGACCCAGUUGGCUUUCUCUCCAAAGUCGGAAUCUCGGACCGCGCUUUUGCUCAGUUUCUCCGUGAACGGUACAAGGCCUUAAAGGACCGUAGAUUUGAUCUUUGUUCACGCUUUACAGAUAUGAUGGAGGCUUCUUCUGGGUAUGAAAUAUUAGGAAUGCAUCGACACCGUCAACAUCGUGUGGAUUUCAUGGAUUGGGCUCCAGGAUCUCGGUAUUGUGCCAUUGUUGGAGAUUUCAAUGGGUGGUCACCAACUGAAAACAGUGCUAGGGAAGGAUAUUAUGGCCAUGAUGAUUUUGGCUACUGGUUCAUCAUUCUUGAAGACAAGCUUAGGGAUGGUGAAGAACCAGACGAGUUUUUUUUUCAAGAAUAUAACUAUGUGGAUGACUAUGAUAGAGGUGAUAGUUUAAAUGUUGAAGAACUGCUUGAGAAAAUAGAUGAUGAAUACUGGGAACCUGAAGAAAAGUUUUAUCGUAAUUCUCGGCUGGAGUUUGUUGCCAAAUUAUAUGAAGAAAUAUUUGGACCUAAUGGCCCCCAAACAGAUGAAGAACUUGGUGAGAUAAUGGAUGCUGAGACAAGAUACAAGCAAUGGAAAGAGAAGCAAAAAAUUGACUCUAAUAACAGGUUACCUUGUUAUGAAGUUCUAGAUCAUGGAAAAACUUAUGAUAUUGAGAAUGUGAUUCUUGACCCGGUGUCAAAAGAGAAGUUUCGAGCUAAGAAGCCUCCUCUUGCGUACUGGAAAGAAAUGUGUAAAGGUCGAAAAGCAUGGCUGAAGAAGUAUAUGCCUACAAUUUCUCAUGGAAGUCGGUACAGGGUGUAUUUUAACACUCCUAAUGGACCUUUGGAGAGAGUUCCUGCUUGGGCAACAUAUUUACUUCCAGAUCCGGAUGGAGAGAAGUUUUGUGCUGUGCAUUGGGAACCUCCUCCUGAGGCUGUUCAUAAAUGGAAGAAUGCACGGCCAAAAGUACCAAAAUCGCUCCGUGUGUAUGAAUGCCAUGUUGGAAUUAGUGGAGCAGAACCAAAAGUGUCAUCUUUCAAUGAGUUUGUUUCGAAGGUUUUACCACAUAUUAAAGAAGCAGGAUAUAAUGCCAUUCAGUUGAUAGGGUUGGUUGAGCAUAGAGAUUACUCUUCUGUUGGUUACAGAGUGACGAAUCUAUUUGCGGUUAGCAGUAGAUAUGGGACACCUGAUGACUUCAAGCGUUUGGUAGAUGAGGCUCAUGGCCUUGGUCUUCUGGUGUUUCUGGAUAUUGUCCAUUCUUAUGCAGCGGCAGAUGAGCUUGUUGGCUUAUCUCUAUAUGAUGGAUCAAAUGACUGCUAUUUUCAUUCUGGUAAACGUGGUCAUCAUAAACAUUGGGGCACAAGAAUGUACAAAUAUGGUGAUGUUGAUGUUUUACACUUUCUUUUAUCAAAUUUGAAGUGGUGGGUCACCGAGUACCUGAUUGAUGGUUUCAACUUCCACUCCCUUUCAUCAAUGUUCUACACACAUAAUGGAUUUGCAACAUUUUCCGGUGAAAUGGAGGAGUAUUGCAACCAAUAUGUUGAUAAGGAUGCUUUAAUCUAUCUAAUUUUGGCAAAUGAGAUGCUACAUGAUGUUCAUCCAAAUAUUAUAACCAUAGCAGAGGAUGCAACAUUUUAUCCUGGAUUAUGUGAGCCAACUAGUCAAGGUGGAUUAGGAUUUGACUAUUGGGUAAAUGUUUCUGUCACUACCAUGUGGCUUUGGCUUCUAGUAGACGUUCCUCAGCAUGAGUGGAGCAUGAAUAAGAUUGUGGAUGUACUCGUCAAAAACAGUCAAGGAAGUGAUAAGAUGCUUGUCUAUGUUGAAAACCAUAACCAGUCCAUGUCGGGCGGAAGGUCCUUUGCAGAUAUUCUAUUGAGCAAACAAGCACAUAAGUCCUCCAAAAGAGAAGAUAUGGUUUUAAGAGGUUCUUCAUUACUCAAAAUGAUGAAGUUGAUUACAUUUACUAUAAGUGGCCCGGCAUAUCUAAAUUUUAUGGGCAAUGAAUUUGGUCACCCAAAUAGAGUUGAGUUUCCAUCGCCAGGUAAUAACUAUUCAUUUAGUUAUGCAAACCGUCAGUGGGAUUUACCAAGGAACGAGGGAUUACACUGCGACCAAUUCAACUUUGAUAAGGAUAUGACGAGGUUAGAUGAAAUUGAACAAAUACUUUCAAAGCGCCUGCCAAAUAUUCACCAUGUGAAUGACUCUGUGAAGGUGAUAUCAUAUAUUCGAGGGCCACUUCUCUUUAUAUUUAAUUUUCAUUCCGAAAUGUCUUAUGAGCUUUAUAAUAUUGGGGUUGAGGAGGCUGGAGAGUACCAAAUAAUAUUGAACACAGAUGAAACUAUAUACGGUGGUCUGGGAGUGCUGAGGAGGGAUCAGUAUCUGCUAAGGACCAUUAGCAAAAGGAAUGAUGGUUAUCGAAAUAGCUUAGAGGUGACGUUGCCCAGCAGUAGUGCUCAGGUCUACAAAUUGACUCGCAUUGCGAGAGUUUAAGGCUAUUUAUGGAUUCAAGGAAGACUUUUGAUUUGCAUCCAUGGCAUUUCCUCUUUUUUUUCUCUAGUGUAAAAGAAUGCUUGUUAGCUCAGUUUAUUGUUUGGAUGAAAAUGGGUGAAUUUUUAAUUCAUUUUUUAGGAGGAUUUACAUACAUACCACUCAAUUCUUAUGUGUUUACAUAUCUAACACCUAUCCUUCAAGUUUCACAAUGCCACCUUAUCAUUGCUUGAAAAGGUUGUAUUUUACUUUUGAAAGGUUAAAAUUGUGGGUAUUUUUGAUGUGAUAUGAAAGAUAUGA